AGAGAUACCAAGAUGUGGACAGACAGGCAUAGACGUCGACGGUAGGCAGACAGGUUGGUAGACAAACAGGAUAGUAGGCAGACAGGAUGGCAGACUUGCAGACACGAAAUGUUCAAAGUUAUGAUUGACAUGCUGGAUCCUGUAAAAAGGUGUAGCAGGAUUUUUGCCAUUUCACACCCGCGGACAACAAUGAAUGAUAAAAACAAACAGAAGAGAGCAUUGCCUUGUUUCCUCAACAUCGUAUUUUCAGUUUACUGAUUUAUUGAUCGGCUUUGCGCAAGGGAUUACAUCAACUACGUUUCAGAUGUAACGCCAUUUUCUUUCCCAGCAGGCAUCGCUGGCCGGCGCGGUACCGAUGAGGAAAGAAAGUCUGCACCCGGAGAACCUCGUCCACCCCUGUCUGGUCUCGUGAGGUCGCGCCCACCGCCCGCUGCCAGUUUACAGCAGGAAAUGGAGAGAUACAAAACCAUGGCGGCGCCUUUGUUUUGCAGAUGCUCUGCGUGGUUACAAGCGGGUGAACAAGCGCCAUGGACAAGGUGUACCGGGUGUACAAGGAGUCCCUGCUGAACCCUCAGCGGUUAAUGGACGAUUUAGGUGUGGAUGAAAACCUCGAUUCUCUGGGAAUGGGUAUUAUACGCAAAGAACUGGACCUUACCAACGAUGAGAAGCAAUACCUCCUGGCCGUGGAGCGGGGAGACGUGCCGUCCACCCGGCAGUUCCUGGGUAUGGCGCAGCAAACCGGGAUCAACAUCAACUGCGUGGACCCUCUGGGUCGGACGGCGCUGCUCAUCGCCAUCGAGAACGAGAACAUCGAGAUGAUCGAGCUCCUGCUGUCGUACGGAGUGGAGUUGGGGGACGCCCUGCUGCACGCCAUCAGUGAAGAGAACGUGGAGGCCGUGGAGCUGCUGCUCAACCACGAGGUCAACAGCAAAGGCGAAGAGGCCUUAAACUGGACGGCGCCAUCAAGUUCCUUCACACCGGACAUCACCCCGAUCAUUCUGGCCGCCCACAGGGACAAUUAUGAGAUCAUCAAAAUUCUGCUGGACCGCGGCUACCGCAUCCCCAAACCGCACAACGCGCGCUGCAGCUGCAAGGACUGCGUGGACGGCAGCUCGGAGGACAGCCUCCGCCACUCGCGGUCGCGCAUCAACGCCUACAAGGCGUUGGCCAGCCCCUCGCUCAUCGCCCUGUCCAGCAAGGACCCCAUCCUGACCAGCUUCGAGUUGAGCGUGGAGCUGCGGCGCCUCAGCCGCUUGGAGAACGAGUUCAAAGCCGACUACGAGAAGCUGGCCACCAAGUGCCAGGACUUCGCCGUGGACCUGCUGGAGCAGACGCGGGGGUCGCGCGAGCUGAGCAUCGUCCUCAACCAUGACACCACCGCUUCCGGCGUGGAUGAAGCAGGGUCCGAGAAGAUGAAGCUGAGUCGACUGAAACUGGCGGUCAAGUACAAGCAGAAAAAGUUCGUGUCUCAUCCCAACUGCCAACAGCUGCUAGCUUCUCUGUGGUACGACGGUCUACCAGGGUUCAGGCGGCGCAGUAUCAUCUCCAAGAUGGCCAUCAUCUUCACCAUUGCGUUCUUCUUUCCACUCCUCUCUCUUAUUUAUCUCAUCGCCCCGACCAGCUCCAUCGGCCGCCUCAUCCGAAAACCAUUUAUCAAGUUUAUAGUUCAUCAGUCCUCCUACAUCUUAUUCUUGUUGCUGUUGAUUCUUGUCUCACAACGUGUGGAGAUCGUGGACAUCAACGGUGAGGACUCGAACAAAGACAAGGUGGACCGUGAAAUGAGAGGCUCACCUGCCUCGCUGGUGGAGUGGAUUAUACUGGCAUAUGUCGCAGGUUUAAUAUGGGCAGAAAUUAAACAACUGUGGGACGAAGGUGCACUUGAAUACAUUUACGAUAUGUGGAACAUUCUGGAUUUCACAACCAACUCCCUUUACAUCGCAACCUUUACUCUGCGACUGCUCGCCUAUUUCAAGGUGCAAGAGGAGAAAAAAAGAACUGACCCCAACGCGAACCUUGCCCGUGAGAACUGGCCUGCGUACGAUCCCAGCCUCGUGGCCGAGGCCAUGUUCGCUGCCGCCAACAUCUUCAGCUCGCUGAAGCUCAUCUACAUGUUCACGGUCAACCCUUACCUGGGACCGCUGCAAAUCUCGCUGGGCCGUAUGAUCAUGGACAUCCUUAAGUUCUUUGUCAUCUUCGCACUGCUGUUGUUCUCCUUCGCCUGUGGACUGAACCACGUGUACUGGUACUACGCAGCGGUGCGUGCCAAGGAAUGCUCCCUUAACCCUGAUGCUGAAGAUGAUCCUUGUAACCGGAAGUACCGCAGUUUCGCCAACCUGUUCGAGAUCGUGCAGACACUGUACUGGGCUAUUUUUGGACUGGUUGACCUGGACCACGCCGAGCUAAGUCCGCGCUUCAAACACGAGUUCACCGAGUUCGUCGGCAAGCUCAUGUUCGGCACAUACUCCUGGAUCGCCCUGGUGGUGCUGCUCAACAUGCUCAUUGCCAUGAUGAGUAACUCAUAUCAGAACAUCUAUAGCCAAGCAGACGAGGAGUGGAAGUUCGCCCGUUCCAAGCUCUGGAUCAGCUACUUCGACGACAGCGGCACCUUACCCGCGCCGUUCAAUACCAUCCCCAGCCCCAAGACCUUCUACUACAUACUGUGCUGGCUGAAGAGCAAGCUGUGUGCAUGCUCCAAACAGCAGAAGCACAACCGGUGGCAGAGCAUCAAAAAAAUCGUCAAAAAAUUGAACGAAAGAGAGAUAAGGUAUCAGUCGGUGAUGCACGACCUGAUCCGGCGCUACAUAAUGAACAAACAAAGAGGUCCGCAGAAAGGCGAGGGCGUCACCGAGGACGACAUCAACGAACUCAAGCAGGACGUCUCGUCCUUCCGCUUUGAGCUGCUGGAGAUUCUGCGCAACAAUGGCAUGAAGACUCCCAACCCCAGCCAGCCCAAGCCCACAAAUCGCAGGUUGUCGCGAAAGCGAAGCACAAUAGCCUUGGACCGACUGAGAAGGUCGUUCUCCUUCCAAACGGCCAGUCCCAAAGGCUCUGUCAAGUCCCUCAGCAGGGACUUUGCGACCAGGAGGUCUCCGAGCUCGGAAUCCGUGUCAUCUAAUCCCAACAUGGCGGAAGUAGAUGUCACCAUUGAGAAGCAGCUCCUACGUCGCACACACAGCAACGGCAUCCCAGAAACGAUCCUGGAAGAGGAGGAGAGGAUCCGGCGAGAGUCGCUGAAGCCGGUCAACGGCGACCUGCUAAGGCGUGACCCGCACGACGAGGGGAGGGACGCUACGAAGGAGGGUGCUUCAGACAGCAAGUCGCUUGACGAGGCCGACGACAGCCUGUUGCGGGAGCUGCAGAUGAGGCAGAACGGCGACGAGGGGUUGGGGGAGUCGCUGGACCGGAACUCGGAGCUGAGCGACCGCGACUCCAUGUCCCGGAACGGCAGCAGCAACGUGGUGGAGAUGCAGCCGGCGGGCGACAGUGUCGUCGGCACCAGCCUGCACCCGCAGACGACGUCAGACGGAGAUGAGCCCCCGGAAAGCCCCGGACUCACCUUCCUGGAUCCGGAGUCAGCAAGGAGGGUUACAUUCAUGUGAACGCACUUCCGUAGUGGGGGGACGCAUUCACAUUCCUGGACAAGUGUAAGCUUUCUCUGAACGGGUAACUUCGUGACAGCUGGGCUGGGAGUAAACUACAGAGAGGCAUAGGAAUCUCUCUAUGGAAGGUGAAGCUUUGUGUUGGCAAAUCGCCAUUAGCGUAAACAUAAAUAAAUAAAAGGACACAAAGAUGCCCUUCCUUGUGGAAGACGUGCGGAAACUUUGCAGUUUAUAUUCGCUGAGGAGCAAACCAGACCUUGCUUCUUGAAGCCUUCUCGGCGAAUUAACCUUAACAAAAAAGUUUCCUUCAUUCCAGUGAAAAUCGUUCACGAACGAAGCUGGCGCUAGUGCAUGACACACGAGAAAGCGUCAUAGACAGCAAGAAGCGAACUGAAUCAUAACAAGAUAGAGAUUGCUUUUUUUUUUUUAGGUGUGACCGUGUGUUACAAACACUGAAUAGUCAGUUAUUCAAGUUCGUCUUGUCCUAUAUCAGAAAGCAAUAUAAUUAUUGUAUACACUAAGAACAAUAAUGUUCUUACGUCCAUCUAUUCCGACCGCUUAGUUUUAAUUCUGCAAGGAUAAUAUUGCAAUGCGCCAUUGCCGUUUGUGGACCUUAUUUCUCCUCGAGGAGUAACAAGGAAUAAACUAAACAUUUCCGUUAACAAAAAUAAACAAGUUUUCUCUUUGGCACACACGAUAGAUAAAAGAAAUAAUAAUAAACCAAGUCUAAAAAGUGACGGCAGGAGAGUGUUCUUGGUGUUACUUGUGACAGAUUUAUGGCAGAUUUCUCAGUUUCCGCAUGAUGCCAAAACGAUUUUCAGGAAGAUGAACCAGAAAUUCAGUAGUGGAAAAAACAAUAAAGUAAACAAGACUGAGUUAGAAGAUGGUUGGCGUAAGUGUAAGUAUACAAAACAGUGUGCUGCUGUACCCAUCGCACAGAUUCAAAAACAUUAAGAUACCCUACGUGUACAUCAGCUGAGCAACUCUGUGUUUGCGGCCCUCGCUCACCGUCAGGCGCGGUCCAAGGGACAUAACUGCUGCAGUCACGAGCAUGUAGGAGUAGCGGAACCUGACGCGUCAGGCCUUACGCGUGACAAACAUUCAUUGUCUAAGUGCUAUUUAUUGACUCCAGUUAUGUGUUCGUGACUCAAGCAUUGUAUGUGAUUUUAGGACAAGUAUUUUGCUGUUUGUACCAGAGGACAGGUGAACACCUUCACCAGGUAAGGACGGGUAACCCUUUUUAUUAGGCUCUACGAGCCUUUGACCCGUUGCAUACCUGCUUAUGAAUACUCCACCCAUGAUAUCAGUCGAUGCACUCUUUCAAUUCAAUGUAGACUGCACACUGUGCAUCUCACUAGCUUUCUUGCGUUUUUUUUUUUUUUUUUUUAUUUGUUUGUUGAUAGUCUAUUUUAUUUUAUGGACUCCUCGUACAUGUAUCCCCAGCCAACGAAAUUCGUGUAUUUCAUUAGGAAGUCGAUAAACAGCUUUGUUGACGACACAUAACAACUGUAAUUUUAAUCAGUACAGUGACAUUUUAUAAAUUUUGUUUUUACUAAAGUUUUGAUUUGAAACUGCGGUCGUAAUGUUGUGUUUCAUCAUGUUAGUAGUUCUUACUCCAUUUGAUUGUGAUAUAUCGUACAUUAUUUCCAUCUUUCGUUCUUUGCUUUGGUUUGCUGGAUGGUUGGCUGGUUAACACAUUCUUACUAAAGAUGUGAACAUUUACAGAGGUAUGAAUUGUAGUUCUUUUUAUCUUUCAAACACUAUAGAUCAUUCGACUAUAGCUUCACGUUUACUGGAUAUAAUGAUAAUGAUGAAAUGAGGAGAAGAAGAAUGGUGAAGAUUCCGAUCGUUGAAUGAAUUUUAUCUGUUUCUUUGCAUGAUUGAUGAAUGCUGAGUUUUUGUAUGACUCGAUUUAGAAUUUAUGGAGGAAAAAAACUUUUUGACGAGUUCUGUACCAGCAUUCAGAUAAGAUUCGGAAAGAUAUUCAGUCGUAUAAAAAUAAUGAGUUCUACAAGGAUCCGGAACUUUUUUAGUCUGUAUAAUUUUGGUAUACCAUCUAUAAACGUUCAUUACCAAAAGCUUAUUGUAGUUGUUUAUUGUUAAGUAUCAAAGACUUGUCUGUUUCGUAUGUAAAUCCUAUCGACUGAAUGUGAAGUUGCCUAACUCCAUAAAUCAGACAACCCCAUCCCCCUCUUCCAACAAUUCCCUGAAAACGCACACGGUUACAGCUACCGUCGAAGGAAUUAAUUGUCUUUCUUCUUGUUGCCGCUAAUGUAACCAGGGUUUUGUGAUACCUUUUACAAGUCGUGUCUAAUGUAUGUGUCAGCAAAUACAACACUCGUGUAAUAUUUGCGAUAUGUUCAACUGAAAAGUCCUUUUUUAAGCGCCAAAGCCUCUCCUGAGAAUUUUCUGACAUUGUUGCCAUCGCUUCCUCUGUAUGUCUUCUGUGUGAGUGCAUGCAUGAGUGCGUGUAACUGCAUGCGAGUUUUUGGUUGGUUUCAUCAUUGAUUUGUUUUCUUCAGUUAACUUUUCGUAUAUAGUUGAGUGUACGUGUUUGUUGGGUAGACUUUCACCGAACAGAGACGCUUUUUAAACCUUGUCACUUGUGCCACAUUAUAUGUGUUUUUAAAUUUUUGUGGGUGAGUAGUAAAACUGUUCGUCCUUCGCAUAUUUUCUGACUUGUCUUAAAAAUAUGCCUAACAUGGUCUAAGAAGAUUUACUGUGAUCUCUUUGCUAGCAGAUGUGUUCAGAUUGUACUGCGUGAAAGUGAGCCAGAGGGAAAACCUAGCUGAUCAUAUCAUUGACAAUACGAACGUAUUAGAGAAAAGAUAAUAAAGUUUUUAUUGUUGACAGCGCUGCAUUUUAUCAUACACGUUUGUGGCUAAUUAUAAAUACUAAAUGCUAUGACAUCACCUAUGUAUGCUUUGGAACUAAGUGAAAUCAAAUAUUUUCCAGACAAUAGAAAAAGAUGAUGGAACAUUUGCUAUCUGUGAACUCAACUCAGCCUUUCGCCUGCGGAAUACAACGCGAGUGGCAUUGUUCUGAGCUCUUUGGAGCUUGUCUAUCAGGAGGUCAGGGAGAUUAGAAAACAGAAAAUAGUCGAGCCUGUUCGGAGGCUAUGGUUUUUCUUUGUUAUGACGUACAUUUACUAACAGGGAGACAACUACCCUUAAAGCGUUUCCCUUUAGUGAAGGACGAGUUACAUCCCUUUGACCUGUUAUCAGGUUCUUCGGUAGCACGAGUGUACUGAAGUGGCUUAUUUUCUCGGGAAGGGGAUGGGUACAUGAUACUCUAUUGCCACUGAUGAUUUUUUUCUUCUUCUUCUUCAUGAAGUUAAUAUAAUUAUACAAUUCUUUAUUCCCUGGUCCUGACGAUGUAGAAACCCUGGGUUAAGCAACAGGCCUAAGCUCUGGAUUUCUUUGCGAAGCAUCAGCCGGCAUUCUUUUACAAAAUUUGUAAUAUAGGUCUGAUAUUAUUUAGAAAAUAUUGCAGAAUGGAAGGAGAGCUACAAGCCACACCUUGUCCUUAAAAUUGUAUUUCACUCUUCUUCCUCUCUGUCAUAAAGGCAAUAAAAGAUCUUACUGAAUCCUUUAUAACCAGCCAGUCUAAUGAUCCAGACAAAAUAAUUUAAUGAGAAAUAUUGCAAAAACAUGCAUAGAUCUUUCUUAAUGGUAAUGUGCAGGUGACAUUUAUUUAUAUAAACUACUGAACUCCUCUGUAAAGGCAAAAGGUCUACAGUCCACCAUCGAAUCUCUUCUAAUACAAAUUUUAACUUGAAAAAUAUUUUUGCUUGGGAUAAACUGCACAUCA